AUGCUCUCCUUAGCCGCUUUCCCUUGCCAUCUCCUCCCCCCUCCCCAACACCGAUCCCUAACCCUAAUCAGAUGCAAUCCAGACAACGGCACCGACCUCAGCCCACCGCAGCAAAUCCGGCCGCCGGAAUCAGUAGAAAUCCGAUUCAAACGCGGCUCGAGACGGAGGCGAAGGCAGGAGGAGGACGGCGGCGGCGGUGAAGUUAAAAAAGCGGUUGAAAAGCAGCCCAAGGAUUGGGAUUCGAUGAGCUUGAAUGAGAAGGCGAUGGAGCUGUACGUCGGCGAAAAAGGUCUGCUGUUUUGGCUCAACAAAUUUGCUUAUGCUUCCAUAUUCAUCGUCAUUGGUGGAUGGAUUCUGUUCCGAUUUGUGGGGCCCUCUUUGAACUUGUACCAGCUCGAUGCUCCUCCAUUGCCCCCCUCUGCAAUGCUGAAGUCAUAAUUCAUAGGUUAGGUUAUGUUACUAUUGUUGUAUUCAUAGUUAUUUUGUUUAUAUCGAUGUGAGAUAUUAUUAUGUCUAUUUGUUUCGUUUGCUAUGUCUUGCCAUUAGGAAAAUUGCCGAAAAAACGACUAUUUUGAUCAAUUCCUUGUCAAUCGCGCAAUUUUAAAAAAUGACCGAUGUAUUGAAAUCUUGACAAUGUGUCUUCAUUUUUUGAGGAA